AUGGCUGAAGGUACUCGAAUGAAAAGCUUUGAGGAGCAACUCAGGAAACAAGAUGUCAGAAUCCAAGCAGUCCUUGACUCCAUGGUUGCAGACAAACAAGUCAUGGAAGAGCGACUGGAGACGAAUCAAAGAGAGCUGCGAGCUUUAAUGGAGGCCAAUAAUACAGAACUGAAAAACCUUGUGAGUAAUCAAAUUAGCUCAAUUUUGAGGAGUUUGCAAGGUGAUAAGGGAAUCUUGGGAAAUCCUACUGGUUCUGCAGAUCGAACUCCUAAUCAUCGAGUUACUGGAGCACAAAAUGUCAGGCAUGGUGAAUUUGGCAGUUCAUCUUGCAGAGAAGGUCAGCAUUGGCCCAUGGGGGUUCCCAGGUUGGACUUUCCCAGAUUUGAUGGCCAUAGUCCUAAGGAAUGGAUCAGGAAGUGUGAAAAGUUCUUCCAACUGUUUCGCACUCCUGAAGAACAGCAGAUUGACUUGGUGGAACUACACUUAGAAGGCAAAGCAGAUCUCUGGUAUCAGAAUUUCAAAAAGGAUCGAGGAAUAGUUCAUUGGAAGGAUUUCAGCUUGGAAGUAUGUAGGAGGUUCAGCACGGUGGGGGAAGCAGAUGCGGUUGAGGAGUUCAGCAAACUCUGCCAAUCAUCCACUGUGUUGGCUUAUCAGGAGAAGUUUGAAGAGCUGAGGUCUAUUGUAAUGAUCCAAGUGCCAGAACUAACUGAAUCCUACUACAUUGCUAGUUUCCUAAGUGGAUUGAGGGGGGAAAUUAAGUCUGCGGUGAAGAUGCAUAGGCCUGACACUCUACAAGCUGCCUUUGAGAUGGCCAGAUGGCAGGAGCACCAUUUGGAGCUUGUUCACAAGUUCAGCAGGACCACACUCAAGAGCACACUACCCUCAGGCUCCUAUGGUCUUACCAGGGGAACGCAGGGAGUCCAGGACCUAGGAGCAAGGCAGGCGAAUACUGCGCCAACAGAUUACAGCAGAAAGUCCAAUUCACAGCAAGUUUUCAGGAAGAUUUCUCCUACUGAAUUCCAAUACAGGAAGGAGCACAACCUCUGCUUUAGGUGUGGAGACAAAUUUACUCCUGGACACACUUGUAAGAACAAGGGGAUCCACAUGAUGUUAAUAGAUGAGGAGGAAAAAGGUGUGGCAGAACAAACAACAGAAGAAGAGGAAGUCAUUGAGUACAUGGGGAACCAGCAGGAACAGGAUGUGAUGUUGACCCUGCAUGCAAUGACAGGGGAAUUAUCUUCUAGUGUCAUCAAAAUGCAGGGGCAGUACAAGAAUAGACAGCUGACAAUCUUACUGGAUGGAGGAAGUACCAAUUGUUUCAUCAGGAGAUCAGUGGCUCAGUUGUACCCAGAAACUGUGCAGAAGCAUAGGCCUUUUAAGGUCAAGAUUGCUGAUGGCAAAGAAUUGCAUUGUGACCAGUGGAUUCCAGGAAUGCAGUGGGGCAUGCAGGGCCAUGUAUUUACACAUGAUGUGUUUGUCCUGGACUUGGAACCUUAUGAUAUGAUUCUUGGGGUGGAUUGGAUGAAAUCCUACAGCCCCAUUACCUUUGAUUUCAAGAGAUUGAACCUGUCUUUUGAGAAGGGAGGAGAGCAAGUGAUAUUGAAAGGAGAUUCCAACAAUGCAAACGUUAGAAUGCAGCAAGGAUCAACAGCUCAUAAAUAUGUCAGACACAAGAUCAGGAAGGCUCUGCAGCAAUCUUGCAUGGUGAAGGUUCACAACUCACAGGUAAUUUCUGAACCAGAUUCUCUUACUCAGUUGUUGGCCAAGUAUGAGGAUGUCUUUGCAGAACCUAAAACUCUUCCCCCAAACAGAUGCCAUGAUCACCAAAUUCCCCUUAAACCUGAUGCCAGACCUUUCAAAAUUUCCCCAUAUAGGUACCCCCAUGUACAGAAAAAUGAAAUUGACCAGCAAGUGAAGGACAUGUUAACCUCUGGACUUAUACAAAUUAGCCACAGUCCAUUUGCAUCACCUGCUCUCUUGGUUAAGAAGAAAGAUGGGAGCUGGAGGCUUUGUAUUGAUUAUAGACAAUUGAACAAUCUUACCAUCAAAGAUAAAUUCCCAAUCCCUAUUAUUGAUGACUUACUGGAUGAGUUACAUGGAGCCAAGGUCUUCUCUAAAAUUGAUCUGAGAUCAGGCUACCACCAAAUUAGAAUGAGACCUGAGGAUAUCCAUAAAACUGCUUUUAGAACUCAUUCUGGACUCUAUGAAUUCCUUGUAAUGCCAUUUGGCCUGACAAAUGCUCCCGCCACCUUUCAAGCACUAAUGAACUCAGUUUUUGAACCUUACAUCAGAAAAUUUGUCCUUGUGUUCUUUGAUGACAUUCUGAUCUAUAGUCCAGAUUAUAAAACCCACCUACACCACUUAUCCUUAGUACUAGGAACCUUGAGAAAACACUCCUUGUAUGCAAAGAUGUCUAAAUGUUCUUUUGGUCAAAACCAAGUGGAGUAUCUGGGACAUGUUAUUACUAGUGAGGGUGUGAAUACAGACCCAUCCAAGGUAGAGGCUAUGCUAUCCUGGCCAACUCCUACUUGUUUGAAGGCCCUCAGAGGAUUUCUGGGCCUAACAGGGUAUUACAGGAGGUUUGUUAAGGGGUAUGGAGAAAUUGCUAAGCCCCUCACUGAGUUACUGAAGAAGGAUCAAUUUGCUUGGAGUGCUGUUGCAGAAUCUGCAUUUCAACAGUUGAAGGAGGCCAUGAGUAAAUCUCCAGUAUUAGCAUUACCUGACUUCUCAAAACCAUUCCAAUUGGAAACUGAUGCUAGUCAGUUAGCUAUUGGGGCUGUUCUGAUGCAGCAAGGGAGACCUAUAGCUUACUACAGUCAAGUGUUGGGCCAGAAGAAUCAGACCAGAUCCACCUAUGAAAAAGAACUCCUCUCACUCAUCACAGCAGUUCAAAAAUGGAAACAUUACUUGAUGGGGAACCACUUUGUUAUAAAGACUGACCAUGAGAGCCUCAAAUACUUGCUGGAUCAGAAAAUUAACACUCCCCUUCAACAGAAGUGGCUGGUUAAACUUUUGGGGAUGGAUUAUGAGAUCCAGUAUAAGAGGGGUAAGGACAAUGUGGUUGCUGAUGCAUUAUCAAGGAGGGAAGAGCAGGAAGAGUCAGCAGAGACGUUUGUUCAUGCCAUCACUACCAUCAAGCCUCAAUGGUUGUCAAUGGUAGCUGAGAGCUACAAUGGUGAUGACACGGCAAAGGAGGUCCUACUGAGGUUGGCCAUGGGAGCUGAAGCACUUCCUGACUACUCUUAUAACCAAGGGAUUUUGAGAUUUAAAGGAAGGAUCUGGGUAGGGGCAAAUGUUGGACUAAGGCAAAAACUGAUUGCUUGUUUUCAUGAUUCUUGUCUUGGAGGUCACUCAGGGAAUCAUGGUACGUAUCAGAGGAUCAAAAGCUACCUGUACUGGCCUGGAAUGAAAAAGGAGGUCGAGCAGUAUGUACAAAAUUGUGAUGUCUGCAAGAGAAGUAAAAAUGAGAAUUGUGCCUAUCCAGGUCUGUUGCAGCCAUUGGCCAUUCCUGAGCAAGCCUGGCAACAAAUUUCCAUGGAUUUCAUAGAAGGUUUGCCUAAAUCUUUGGCUGUAAUGUCAUCUAUGUGGUGGUAG